CCGACGCGGGCCAACACGCCGUCGACCAUGAACCUCGACGCGAUGACGAACCCGGACCUCGACAAGAUCGCCGGGUCGAGCUGGCGGUCGGCGCGGCGCACGGGCAACAAGGCGUUCGACCCCGAGGCGGCGCUGGCGGACAUCCAGGCGCACCGCCCGCUGAAGCCGUCGCGCAACCCGCCGCAGACGACGCUGCUCGACUACUUCCCGUUCUUCCGCAUCUUCGUGUGGCUGUUCAGCUCGUGCAGCCGGCGCCUGACGCGCCGCGCGCGGAAUAUGAAGAGCAAGCACGCGCCGCUCACGGAGAGCAACGUCCCGCUCGAGAUCACGAUCUACCUCAAUGCGUACAUCGCGCAUCUGAUCAGCAACGCCUGGGUCAUGCCCGCGUUGGCGACGGGUCUCUUGAACAACGUCUCGAUGCUGCAGGACUGCAUGACGAACUUGGACCGCAUUGCGUCGACGCCUCUGCCGUUUGCGUACCAGGCCCACCUGCGCAUGUCGCUCUGGAUGUACCUGUUCUUCCUGCCGUUCCAGAUCGUCGAGGCAUUCGGAUGGCUUACCAUCCCGGGCACCGCCUUCGC